GGGGGUGGGGCUAGCUCGGUUCCCUGGCGCCGUGGUGCUGGGCACCUGCGCGCAGGUACCGCAGCCUCUGCGCUGGGCUGCUGAACUCGGGUGCCCGGGAUGAGCCUCAUUCGGAAAAAGGGCUUCUACAAGCAGGAUGUCAACAAGACGGCGUGGGAGCUACCAAAGACCUACGCGUCCCCGACGCACGUCGGCAGCGGGGCCUAUGGCGCCGUGUGCUCUGCCAUCGACAAGCGGUCAGGGGAGAAGGUGGCCAUCAAGAAGCUGAGCCGGCCCUUCCAGUCUGAGAUCUUCGCCAAGCGGGCCUACCGCGAGCUGUGGCUGCUCAAGCACAUGCAGCAUGAGAACGUCAUCGGACUACUGGAUGUCUUCACCUCAGCAUCCUCCCUGCGCCACUUUCAGGACUUCUACCUGGUGAUGCCCUUCAUGCAGACGGACCUGCAGAAGAUCAUGGGCAUGGAGUUCAGUGAGGACAAGAUCCAGUACCUGGUAUACCAGAUGUUCAAGGGUCUCAAGUACAUCCACUCUGCCGGCAUCAUCCACAGGGACCUGAAGCCCGGGAACCUGGCCGUGAACGAGGACUGCGAGCUGAAGAUCCUGGAUUUUGGGCUGGCACGGCACGCGGAUCCCGAGAUGACAGGCUACGUGGUGACACGCUGGUACCGGGCCCCUGAGGUCAUCCUCAGCUGGAUGCACUACAAUCAGACGGUGGACGUCUGGUCUGUUGGCUGCAUCAUGGCCGAGAUGCUGACAGGAAAAACUCUGUUCAAGGGGAAAGACUACCUGGACCAGCUGACCCAGAUCCUCAAAGUGACCGGAGUCCCGGGUGCUGAGUUCGUGCAGAAGCUGAAGGACAAAGCGGCCAAAGCCUACAUCCAGUCUCUGCCCCAGAGCCCCAAGAAGGACUUCACGCAGCUCUUCCCCCGUGCCAGCCCCCAGGCCACAGACCUGCUGGAGAAGAUCCUGGAGCUGGAUGUGGACAAGCGCCUGACCGCCGCACAGGCCCUGGCUCACCCCUUCUUCGAGCCCUUCCGGGACCCAGAGGAGGAGACAGAAGCAGAGCAGCCCUUCAAUGACUCCCUGGAACAUGAGAAGCUCACUGUGGACGAGUGGAAGCAGCUCAUCUACAAGGAGAUUGUGAACUUCAGCCCCAUCGCCCGCAAGGACUCGAAGCGCCAGAGUGGCAUGAAGCUGCAGUGAUGGCCAGCCCGACCCUCGGCUGAGCCAGGGACUGCCACUCAGCCCCACCCGCAGACACUGCCCAAACCAUAUUUGUCAACAAUAAAUCCUCAGCUCUUCUGGGAAAAGAGCACCCCAAGCAGAGGACAAAGCACCUGCCCUGGGCUGGGCAGCUGUGGAAUUGGAAGAUGCUGGGGGCGGGGAGUUGUUAGCGAGGGACAGGCUGAGCAGGCCAGGGCUCUUUGACAACGGAUCCGUGUCCUAGGGCUGCUGUGACACUCUGCUGGUGGCUUAUAGCAGACACCUAUGCUCUCAUGGUUCUGAAGUCUUGAGGCGUUGGCCACCACCCCUCCGAAGGGCCUAGAGGAGAGCCCUCUCUUGCCUCCUUCUGCCUCCUGCUGGUUCUGGGCUCCCCAGCCUCUGCUGUGUUCAUCUCUGUUCCUGUCUGUCUUUCUGUCCUCUUAUAACAACAGUAGUCACUGGAUUUACCCUAAUCCAGAGGGAUCUCUACCUGGUCCCUACCAAUCACAUCCGACAAGACUUUAUUUCCAAAUAAAGUCAUGUUCCAAGGUGCAGGGGGACAGGAAUGUUGGGGAAACACUGGCCAACUGGCUACAGGUGGCCGUGAGGAGCACCCCUUUGUGCCACAGUGGACCCCAUGUAUCUGGCUGCUUCAAGAGGGCGGAGCAGAGAGAGCUGCGGCUGCUGAGACCCUUUGGGUGCAGGCUGAGCAGGCAGGAGAGGAACCCGCAGCAGGCUUGUGGGCCUGGAGCCCCAGAAGGCAGGAGUGGACCACUCGGCUUCGUGGCAGAGCUCUGUUCCUUUUGCUUUCUGGGGACAGCUGGACUCCAAAGCAUAACCCGGAAGAGGCCAGGACCUUUGACUUCAGUGGAUGCCCACUGGCACAAGCACCAGGGAGCCUGGGCACGGCGGGUCUCCACCUUCGCCAUGCACCUGGGGACCUUGUUAAAGUGCUGAUUCCAGUCCCAUCCCAGCAGGGAUUCUGAGUGGGCAUCUCUCGUGUUGCGACCUUACAGUGUGUUUGAAAGGACUCGACCUUGACCCAAGCCCCAGGGACUGACCUCGAGGGGGCAUCGGUCUGGUUUCAGAGCCGCUUCCUGUAUCAGGAGAAUGCACUUCCUCCUGCGUCCAGCACCAGCCAGAUGUGCACCCUGUUCACAGAUGUUAAAACUGAGACUCAGACCGAGCAUUUUUAGGGCAGUGAAACUCUGCAGUGGUACGCCGUCAUGGUGGUGGCAAGACACCUGCAUUUUGUUCAGAUCCCAAGAGCUGUGUGGCACGCAUUGUGAACCCCAGGUGACCCGCGGGCCUGAAUUAGUUACAGUGUCCCAGCAUUAGGUCACACCAAGGCAGCAGGGUUAUAACGGAAAUGGGAGGUGGGGGUAUGGGAACCCUCUGUGCUCUCUGCAAACCUAACCACUCUGAAAAUAAAGUACUGGAAAACAAAACAGACCCUGAGCCCCAGAGAUGG